AUGGAGACCAUCGCCGCACCUCUCCGUGGCAAGUGCGCGUUGGUCACAGGCGGAUCGAGAGGCAUCGGCGCAGCCAUCGCCAUCAAGCUCGCAGAGCAGGGCUGUUCGAAGAUCGCCAUAACCUAUAGCUCGAACCAGAUCAAAGCGGAGGAGGUCCUUGCAGCCAUCGCCCAGAUCUGUCCUGAAAUCAAGACUUGCACGUUUUCAGCAAACCUGGCCGACCCAAACUUCGGCGAGGUCGUCAUCGAAAGAACUCUGUCUGGCCUAAAGACUGAUAAGAUUGACAUCGUCAUCUCCAACGCUGCGAGUGUGGACAUCGGACAAAUGUCCCCAGCAGCCUCGAUGCCAAAGCCAGAAUGGGAUGCGAUGAUGACACAGAACGCCUGGAGUCCUCUAGCUUUGGCACGGGCUGCAGUAACCAAAAUGCCACCAGGUGGCCGUAUCAUCAUGCUCUCCUCAGGGAGCUCAAAGGUCGCCUUUGGAGAUCCGACCGUAGCAUACGCAGCAUCAAAGGCUGCCAUGGACAGUGUCGCCAAGAACCUCGCAGCGAUUUGGGGCGUUCAGUACGGCGUUACUGUCAAUUCUGUGUCAGUUGGAGCUACUGCGACGGACGCGUUCAAGAAGGGACUCGAGCAAUGGGGCGAGGAGUUUGCGAAGUGGUCCGGGGAGCUGAGCUUGCUCGAGAGGCAUGGCGAGGCGAGGGAGGUUGCGGCCAUUGUUGCGUUCAUUGCGAGUCCGGAGGCUAGUUGGAUCGUGGGUAAUCAGAUUCCGGCGAAUGGUGGUAGUCUUUCAGUGCUGCAGGGCUAG